AUGGGAUCGCCAACCCAAGUUAACAUCAGUAUGGCGAUACAAGCUUUCAGCCAAAUCAGGGAAUCAAACAUGGAAUUCGAAGUGUUUAUGUAUUUAAGACAAGAAUGGAAUGACCCUCGUCUUGCUCAUGGCUAUCGUGCUACUCUCUCGUUAACCAAGGAACGAGUUAACGAAAUUUGGAACCCUGAUACAUACUUUAAUAACGCGAAUGAAUAUAAUGUAUACGUCCAAAACAAGUUGGUUUUGAUAUCAGGCAAUGGGGAUGUAUAUAACAGUGGACGAGUCAAGGUSAAAGCAGCGUGUCAAAUGGACUUGGUCAAUUUCCCUCUCGAUGUUCAAAGAUGCUCGUUAAUUCUAGAAAGCUUCGCCUAUACUGUUGAUCAGAUGAAUAUCAUAUGGAAAAAAGACAAUCCCGUGCGUAUCUUCAACGUUGACUUGGCCGAGUUCGAUGUCGUUAAGUUUGAAAUAAAAGAACGUAAUGCUACAUAUGUCCCUGGAGUGUACAAGAACCUCAUCGUCACAUUCACCUUUCAUCGACGAAUGGGUUUCUAUUUCAUACAGUUUUACAUUCCUUGUAUCGUCAUGGUAACGCUUAGCUGGAUCUCUUUCUGGAUGGAUCGAUAUUACAUCGGAGAGCGAGUAUCACUCGGAAUCACGACCGUUCUUACGAUAGUGUUUUUACUGGGUUCGAGUAACUCGACUAUGCCUCGAGUGAGUUACGCUAAAGCGAUAGACUGGUAUUUGAUUGGUUCUUUCAUGUUCGUGUUUUCGACGUUAGUCACGGAUCUACUGGUUUAUAGAUACAGUAGGUUGGUCGACUCGAGAAGUGAUGGAAAAGAGGGGAAAGAACGAGCGCAUAUAACGUUCAACUGCAAACAUGGAUUCAAACCCACGUACAUCGCUGAAGCAAACGGUGAAGUCCACGUCGUGUCCUAYGAAGAAGAACAAGCAAACARAUAUAUCAAGGACGCAUUGCGCAACUGCUGCUUACCGCUGACAUGUCCGCCAAAGAGAUUUAAAACAGAGGAAAAGCCAGAUAUUAGCGUGCUUAUUAACAAAUGCUGCCGUCUGAUGUAUCCUGUAGCAUUCACUAUCUUUAAUGUUGUGUAUUGGUUGAACUUAUUCCUGCAUAACUAACCGAACAGAAGACUUCCUCYACAGGCAACACUAUUCUUACUCACGGGAUUCCUGUUUCUUUGCAAAAGAGGGAGAAUGGAAGCGAGAGAGAGGGAUAGGUUUUCCUUUCUUGUCCCAGUCCCUAACUUUCUGUUUAAACAUUAAAAAGGAAGCCCGGUAGAUGUAAAUAGAGUUGCCUGGGAAUGAGGCUAAAGCAGACACUAAACCCGUGAAUUAGUCUCCUUGUAGUGUUGUUAUUAGAACAUUAGAACUMAAAAAAACUGCAGAGCGCUAUAAUUUGCAUCCAGUUUGGUUUGAAUAGGGCACAGGCAUCAAUGAUAAAAGACCAUAAUCURACGUUCUCGUGGUUAUUAGGUCUCUGUAGGUUGCAGUAGCUGUUUAGAGUAAUUCAAUAGAUAUCAAGAUUUAAUUAUGCCGUAUGAUAUAUUUCACGGGUUUAGUGUCAUAYUGUAUUUCAUCUAUUGUGACUCCAUUAACCUUUAAUGUUAUCCCACAUUUGUCCGUGCUGCRAGCGGUUAUCGUGCGCAUGCUCAGACCAUCGAAUCGUUUAACWUYCCGACAUCUCCAUUCGACAAAUGAGAUARRAUUUUGUCAUUUUAUCUGAUGUUGAGUUGAUUUGUUUAUUUUUURUUUGUUUAAACCCUGGUGAAGGCGUCACRUAUMGAUUUUGCUGUUUUUUCGUUCYCCGCCCUCUCAUAUUCMAAAAACRCUGAAAAACGAGUCAUAAUAGAGGAAGUACAGYAAGUAAAUGCAGAAAAAUUAAUGUAUAAAUAAAGAUAAUCAAAACAUAAACAAGAAGAAAAYCAAUAAACCAAAUUGUAAGAGUUGGAAAACAAACUGACUCAUGUAAAAAACGUUCAUGCAAAGGUUUGAGUUAUCUGCCAUAUAGCCCAGGAAUGGAGUGUAUAUAUUAAUGGUUAAUUAAUGAUUUAUAAUAACUGCCUUGACUUUGCUUCCAAAAAUAAAGUGUACAAGGAUUAAACAGAGAA